UUGUUUGUCCAUUGUAUAAAAACCCGCUCGAAUUCCCAGCGUGUUAUUCAUUUUUCACUUUAAAUCGUGCAGGAGUGUUCUUUCUCACUCCUCUCUCUGCGAGAUCCACAACCCCCCAAACCCUAGCAAACCCCUUCCGCAGAGGGAGCCUGAGAAAGAAGAACAACACCCGAUCCACUCUCUCUUUCUGUUGGGUUAGCUUUUGGAAACCGGUACAAUGGCAUCUUCGGAGCAGCAAGCUACUGUGAAAACUCCUGCCGCAGAUAUCGUUGGCAAUGCCUUUGUUGAUCAGUACUACCAUAUGUUGCAUGAAAGCCCUGAGCUGGUGCAUAGGUUUUACCAGGAAGUCAGUAAGCUUGGCCGUCCUGAACAAAAUGGUCUAAUGGGGAUUACAACUACAAUGCUUGAUAUCAACAAGAAGAUACUCUCAUUGGGUUAUGAUGAACUCAGUGCAGAGAUCAUAUCUGUUGACGCACAAGAAUCUUAUGGUGGGGGAGUCCUUGUCUUGGUCACUGGGUUUAUGAUAGGCAAGGAUGCCAUCAAGAAGAAGUUUACACAAUGUUUCUUUCUAGCUCCACAAGAGAAAGGAUACUUUGUAUUGAAUGAUGUUUUCAGAUAUGUUGAUGCAAAUGGAAUCGAAGGGUCUGCUCACGACAUUGGAUCUCCUGUCCCCCCUGACAAUGCGGCAGAUCCUUCUGUGCUGGAGACACAAGUUUCCGAGGAAAUACCUUUGGCUGCUGAGGAUGGUGAUGUAGAGGAAGUCUACAAUCCAGAAAAUGGGCAAGCUUCAAUUGAAGAGGAGGAAGCUCCUGUACCUGAGGUUCUUGAUGAAAUUCCUGAUGAUUCACAGGUGGUAGCUGGAUUGGCAUCGCCAGUUGACGGAGCACCAAAGAAGUCAUAUGCCUAUAUUGUUAAGGUCAUGAAAGAGGUUACAACACCAUCUUCCACAGUGACCGCUGUUCCUGUGAAAUCUGCCAUUAAGAGCCAAGAACAGCAGGGUACUGCUGCACCUCCACCAUCCAGCAUGCCAGAAAGCAAUGCUCCUGGUAUAAUUACUAAUGAAGAUGGAAACAAUCAAGAAACUGAAGCUGAGGGAUAUUCUAUUUAUGUGAAAAGUCUGCCAGCUAACGCUACACCUUCUCUUCUGGAGACCGAGUUCAAGAAGUUUGGACCUAUUAAGAGUGGUGGUAUCCAAGUUAGGACUCAAAAGGGAUUUUCCUUUGGCUUUGUUGAGUUUGAAGUGGCAAGUGCUGUGCAUAGUGCACUGGAGGCGUCACCAAUCUUGAUCAAUGGCCGCCAAGUUAUUGUGGAGGAAAAGAGAUCAACUAAUCGAGGCAAGGGACGAUUCUCAUCCGGAAGAGCACCAGUUUACAGGGCUGAAGGAGGUUACAGGGGUGAAGGUGGUUUCAGGGGUGAAGGAGGGUACAGGGGUGAAGGAGGUUACAGGGGUGAUGGAGCCAGAGGACGUGGAAACUAUGGAAAUGGCCGAAGCUAUGGCCGUGGUGAUUUUAAUGGCUGGGGGGAAUUUGGCUUAAGGAAUGGCCCUCGAGGAGGUUUUUCUAGCCGUGGAGGUGAUGGGUAUCAGAGAAGUGAGGGAGCUGGCGCUGGCCGCAUGAAUCGCGUGCCUGCUGUUAAUGCUGUUAAUUCAACGGCCAAAAGUACAGCUGUUCGUGUGCCUGCGUCUGCUUGAGGAACUAUUCUUCAUUGAGGCAGUCAGACUAAUAGAAAAUGUGGUUCAAUUUGCAGUAAUUGAGGCAGUUAGAAAGAUUUAAGAGGAGCCUUUUUUUUUGAAAAGUUUAUAAGGUUCUAAUUUUUUUGUCGUCCUUUUGAUAUUAGUAGUCUUGGUAAAGGUAGUUUUCCAAUUUAUGUUCAUUAUAAUGUCAUUCUAGGUAGUUUAUGUGCUUCCCCAUCUUUUAUGAAUAUAAAUUCAUAUAUUUUUUCAAAUUGAAUUGGUAGUUCUAACAUGAGGUUGCUAUUAGCAUGAUUUACGGAAA